CCUCACAAUUUCAGAUCUGAAAUUCAAUUCUCUUCCAUUUCGGGUUUCCCCCAAAUUUCUUCUCUCAUCUCGUUUCUUCGAGGGUUUAUAUUCAGUUUCUUUAUUCCCCAGAUCUCUUUCUGGGUUCUGUUGUUAGAUCCCUCCAUGGAUUUUAGCUGUAAAAUGGUAUAAAUGGCUUCUACUUGUUGGUCUACGAUCACCCGGUUCACAAGAGGGUUAAGAAGAUGAGAAGAAAGGAAGGCCCCUUCGAUUCUGGAUCCUGGUAGGAUGAGUGCCCUGCCGAAAUGGAAAGUGAAACCUCAUUAGAUGGGUGGUUUAAAUCGUAUGGCUACAAAAGAGAGAGAGUUGGUGAUAGACCUUGAAGGUGGUGGUAGUAGUAGUGAAGAGGAUUCGAACAAUGAACCUGAAUCAAUAUCAAAAGUACAUUCUAGAAAAACCUUUGGCAGGCUUCGGAGUGGGUUUCUGUGCCCCGAUGGAUCUAUAAGUCGAGGUUCUAGCUUUGCUUCCAGUAGUAAUGCCACCAGGCUCAGUAAGCUUAGUGUUGAUGAGAAUGUGGAGUUGUUGAUGGACAAGAGUUCAGAGGGAGAGAAGAGAAGAGAACUUGGGGCUCUUGUCGAGAAGAAGAAGAACCUGAAAGAGAAGAUUAAAAAGAAUGGAAAGAUUCACAAGCCACCACGACCUCCGACGGGUCCAUCGCUUGAUGCUGCUGACAGGAUUUUGGUUAGGGAGAUCACAGAGUUGGCAUCGAAAAAGCGUGCCACUGUUGAGCGAAUAAAAGCUUUGAAAAAGAUGAAAGCAGAGAAAACAUCUUCAUUCAACAGCAGCAUACCUGCCUUAUUUAUCACAUUGCUUUUCUUUGUAAUUAUCAUCUUUCAAGGAAUGAGUGCUAAAGGUAGUGCUAUGGUGUCGGAGUCUCCUGUGCCUACUGUUGGUGGGAGCGCAAGCUUGAUAUCUAGUGUUCGGCAUUCAUCUCAAUCUCCUCCCCAAAAAGUUAACAGACCUCAAUCCCGCUUUCUCAAUUUUGCAGAAAAGACAACUUCUGAUCGUUCUGCCGUAGGAGAAGCGAGAUUGGUGGAAGAUUUGAAGAACCACUGAAGUUCAGUGUUAAAUAAUCUGGUAAAACAACUGAAACUUUUCAUACCUUAUAUAACUUGAUUGUGAAGGCUUCAGACUGCUUUGGUGUCUGUAUAUAUGCAAAGGCCUCAAAGCUUCCUAUGAUCUUUUGGUAGGCUUUUCUUGUACAGAGAGAGUUCACAUUUUAUUGAACCAUAUUAUUUUUUUGUUCUGUUAAAGUCCAAUUUGAAAUUGGUAUGCUCUCACCAGAAACCCAGAACGUUGAACUUACUCACAUGGACUUCAAAAGAAUUGAUGGUGUAUACAAGAUUUAUAUAAAUAUAUUGACAUUUGGAGACACAA